AUGAACUCCUCUGUGAACGUGACCGUGGUUCUGGACCACCGAGACUCCUUCUCCAAAGCCGUGAUCAAGAACGUGAUCGUCGUGGUUCUCGGCCUCUCCAUCAACUACAUCAAUGUGGCCCUCAUUUACACCUUCCACAACCACCAGAUCUUCUACACCAAUCCUCGCUACAUCCUUAUUAUCCACCUGGUGGUCAACGACAUGAUCCAAGUGACGCUGACCGUCCUCCUCUUCAUCAUCAGCUACACCGUCUACAAAAUAAACGUCUCCGUUUGCUGCAUCUUCGUAAUGAUUACUGGCCUCACCACUGAAAACACCCCUCUGAACCUGGCCUGCAUGGCGGUGGAGUGCUACAUCGCCGUCUGCAUGCCCCUUCGCCACGUGCAGAUCUGUACCGUCAGGAGAACCUUGAUGCUGGUUGGUUUCAUCUGGAAUACCAGCCUCUUGUCGGUUUUUCCGGAUCUCUUAAUCACUUUGGCCACAGAGCCGCUGGACUUCUUUUAUUCCAGAGUCUUUUGUGUCAGAGUAAAUGUCUUCUCAAAUCCCCUCAUCCUCAAGAAGAGAGAUGCCACCUAUAUUUUGUUUCUGGUGAUAGUUUGGUUGGUUAUCUUUUACACUUACUUCAACAUCAUGUUCACUGCAACAAAAGCUAGCGUAGACGCUAAAAAGGCCAGAAACACUAUCCUCCUCCAUGGGUUCCAGCUGCUGCUUUGUAUGGCAUCAUAUACAACACCCCAGUUAAAACGGCAUCUGCUGAUAUGGUUCCCCAAGAAUUAUACAGACUCCCUGUUCGCGUGUUACAUAAUUGUACAGCUUUUACCACGGUCCAUUAGUCCAAUAAUCUAUGGCAUGCGAGACAAGACUGUCAGGAAGUACUUGAAAAGACAUCUAUUGUGUAAAAUGAGCCCUCGGUAA